AUGCCCGAGAACAAUCGUAUUCAUGUGGUGAUUGAACAAAGCCUUCCACGGCCUAAUAUCCUCACUUACCAAGCAUACAAUCUAUCCGGCCGAUUGGUUCUUAAUCAUAAAUUGCCCUCCACUUUCGGACUACAGACUGGCAAGUCUGAUUUGGAGAAAACUACAUUGACUUGUCCGUCUGAGCCUCCAUUACUGCUUCGAGAUUGCUCCGGUUUAGUCUACCCGUUCGUGCCCGCAACUCGAUCUGGUAGUAGCGGCAGUGCAGUUCAAGAAACUGCUUCAACUACGGUCGCGUUGCUUGAUCUUCCACCAGUGCAGUGUGCUGCUUUUGCUUGGGUUCCAAGUCGAGUUGUGUCCUCUUUCUCGGGUCUGACUGGAUUAACAAACCCAGUCAGUCGAGGGCAGUCGAACAAGUGUUCAGCCGAUCAUUCCACUCCAGCGCGUUGCUUACUAGGCCUCGUAAUUGUGCGUGAUUUACCGCUGAUGCAACACGUGCUUAGAGCAAACGAUGUACAAGUUGAACGUUUGUUAUCACCGGAGAACGAAUUGCCAGUCGAAACUACUCGAAAUUUGGCUUUCGAAGUGGUCGACGGCCAACGAAAUCUGCUUCACAUGGCAGUGACUAUGUGCGCUCCACAGUCCAAUUGCGAGACUUCUUCUGAGUGGGCCGCCAAAUUGGAUUCUGUUCUUUCCGGACCUGUCCAACUUGUCCCCGAGUCUGUAUCAGUCCCAUCCAAAGAAAUCGGAGCGAAAACAAGUACUGUGUCAGUGCCGAAUAGUUCCACUGCUUCACGACCAUCUUCCACAUUCUGGUCAUCUAUCGCCCGGACCACGUCACAGUCGAGUGGCUUGAGCAUGCAUGAGCUGUUUAUUCGCUCAUCCAUUGAAGCUGCCUCGGUGGCGGCAGCGGCAGCAGCAGCUGCCUCUGCAGGUAGUACACAGGUACGCUCUGACGACCGAGAUCCUCGUUCUUUGGCAAAUGGAACGAANUUUUGGCACUUGCCUCCGGUUCGCAAAGAUGAAUUGACCAGACGUGUUGCGUCUUAUCGCAUUAUUCGUCUGUUGCUCGAGAGUCGACAGCUACGUCCGUAUCUGAUUCAGUUGCUCACGGCGCGAAAUACCGAAAAUCUUACUCCGUUCACCUUGGCUGUGAAGUGCCGUGCUUAUGCCGUUGCUCAGUUUAUAUAUGAAACAAUUCAGGACAUCUUUGAGUGUCGUACCUGUGGACUUAUGGAUUCGUUGUGCUGCUGUACUGAAUGUGCACGAGUCUGUCAUCGAGGUCAUGACUGCCGUCUGAAACGCACUUCUCCAACCGCUUACUGCGAUUGUUGGGAAAAAUGUCGAUGCCAGAGUCUGAUUGCUGGAGCUCAGGCUCCCAGACACGAAUUAUUCUAUCAAUUGCUACGAGAUACGGAUCUGAUCCGGUUGGUCAAUUCGCGAAACGAGCAUUUACUGUUGUUCUUGGUUAAAUGUGUGGAACGUCAGUUACGUGAACAAAAACAAUAUCGCCCAUCCAGACGCCGUAUCGGUGCGGUUUCGAGUAGAUCAACUGGCGUGUCCGUUUCUGCUUCUGGAACUGGCACCAAUACGGUCCUGCCAGGCCAGGGGGCCAGUUGGGAUUGUCAGCGUGAAGGGAAUCAAACAAAUGCCAGUGGCGGAACCGAGGAACCUGAUCAUGACUUGGACCCACCUCGAUUUGCUCGGAACGCACUUGAAUUGGCAUUAGAUUGUCCCGUUGCAGUCCACAGCAUCUUAAGCCUGGACUCAAACCCAUGUCCUUCUCGAAUUCCAGGCGUAUUCAAAAGUGCUGCUUGUAUUGACGAGGAAAAACUCCUGUUUGCUCAGGCUGGGGCAACCCAACUGGAUGAUUUCGUCUUCACUCUUGUCUGCAAAUGUCCAACGGAGAUGGUCGAUACACUGGUUUCAACAAUUAAUCGUCAUUUGUCUGUGGACCUGCAAAAUAUUGUCUCGGAGUCUUCCACUCGCGAUAAACAGGAGCGUCUCUUACCUACCACUCCAAAGACCUUCUUACAUCGACCUAAGAUCCCGACUGCUCAAGAAAUGCGUAUAGUUGCCGGCCGGUUUAUCCAUUCGGUGGCGCGGAUAUACACCACAAUGACACUGGAGUUAGCUGCGGAUCAUAAAAAGAAAAAAAAUCGUCUUUUACUUGCUCAGUUGGCUCCACUGGAUGUAUGCCGUCACAUAUUCAGUCGGCUUGCACCAGUGGCUCUUGCAGAGUUGCCGCAGUUAGCCGCUGGUCUGCUUACUCCCAUUCGUACUGGAACUCUACGCCCGAGCAUUCCUUUUUCUUUGUUAACGCAGUCGGCUGAUGCUGUUCAGGGUUUGGAACAGUUUUUUGCUCUCGAACGCAGCAGUCAUUCUCGACAUCGGCUCCUGCAAUUGACCGAACAAAAUAAGGGCGCAGAGACCGCAAGCAGUACUGCUGAGUUGCAUGGUACAUUCUUCCGGGUCUCAGAAGAAAACCAGGCUAACCGUAAUGAAGCUCAAGAAUCCUCUCGCGUCACUUUUCGUCCAGCGACAUCAGAAUCACUCGGGACGCACCCAAAUCGAAACACCGUGGUCUCUUCGUUGCACGUCAAUCUAUCCAUUCCGAAUCAACCCACAUCGCACACCUCGAACUCUGCUACAGAGAUUGUGACCACUUACAAUCCUAACACAUUUGUGUCCGCCUCAUUGAACGACCCGUCGGUUUUGACCUUGCAGAUGCAAUCGACGAUUGGGGAUAUCGAUCGUGAUCAUGCAUCUUCCGAGACACAUGAUGGAAUAAGGUCCUCUGCUCCGUCUUCUGACGGAACGCUGGCAGAUAAUGAACAAACCUUCGGGAUAUCAGAGUUCCAUCACAGGGAUUUGGAUAAUGAAGAACCGCAGUCGCACACACAAUCCUUCCGUCGAUCACUACGCCGCCCUUAUGACGUCAUAUCUGACUCCACGGAAGCGAUGGAUGAUGGGGUUUCUGGCCCAUCGAUUGAACCCACUUCGGAUGUGUGUGAACAAGGAGAUACAUCGACUGGAAACAGCCGUGAUCGACGACCGCAAAUAACGGAGGUUUACUCAACUUCCGAUGGCUAUCCCAAACGUCGCCGAACAAUGACACCAGCCUCUGGUUCACCCAGUCGUACAACUGAUGAAAUUUCGGCCUUCUCGGCGUCACAGGAGGGAAAUAUCACAGCUCCGGAUGACGAAGAGACCAAAGUCACCUAUACGUUGUUGGAUACCGAUGAUCCGGCUAGUCAAGCCAGUAGUACUGGUGCAACUGUGGCCACUAUUGGUGGAAGUACUGUGGACUUUGAUCAGGGUUCGGACAUCACAAACGGCUCAGUGGAGACUGUGUUCAACAACAGAACCGAGCGCACGGCCGGAUCAGAGUUUAUUGCCAAUUCACUGUCCCUUCGUCCGGAACAGGUUGAGGCUGUACCAGAUCUUCCAACUCCGGUGGAGUUAGUCGGUGCCGGACGCUCAGAUGAGUUCAGCUACGCACCAUACGUUGUGAUUGAUGCCAUCAACAUUAAAUCGUACAGGGGAAUUAUUGUGCUCAUGCAGUCGCAUCGUGCAUUAAGCUCGGUUCUCGUUGAAACUCUCAUUUUACGACUGCUCACUGGUCUUGGAUAUGGUUUCCAAGAUGGGGGAAAUCAGUUUAAAUUAAUUCCUCGUCAGUCCAAUGAGCAGUUUUACAGGACUCUCCCGCUCAGUUCUCGUGCACAACAACCGACUGGCGGUCUGGAUGAUAAUGCCACUCCAGUCACCUCAUCAGCAGGUGGUUUAUCCAUAACCAGUCGAAGGAUCACGAGUGCGGAAACAACGAGCACUCCUGGCAUUCUGACCAAUACAAUCAACACCAGCACCACCAGUAGCGGAGCGCAACAACCAUCAAGAAAUAAUUUGAACUCUGGGCGGCGUACUGUACCAUCAGUAAUCAGUCUGUUACCCACGUCCUCCGCUUCCAGCAAUACGCCUACAUUGAUAGUGUCUACCAGCGGAAGCUCUGGUGCCAAUGUUUUGUCCAACACCGAAACCACACUCACUCCAGGACCUACGUCUGAGGCGAGUUCUUUUCAUAUGAUUAAUUUUGGAUCGUCAUCCUCGUCUUCGGUUUUAACGCGACUAACUCCAAACCAACGUGCAGCUCAAGGUUCUCGUGGCGUAUUACCGUCCCACACUGAAUUGGCUGAGUUAGUCGCUGCGGUUGGUGCUGUGCUAUGCCCGAUUUGGCAGUGGUUAGCACAUGCGUUGGACAAUCUGGAAGCUCAGUUGCGUUACUCGGCUGCUUGGAAUACACAAUUUCAUGGAAAGCAAGUAUCGAACCCGGGAGGAAACUCCGGUUCUCAUACAGUAGAUGCUGGCCCCGGCAUGAAUUCAGCGGCUCGACGGGAUUAUUCAAACCCCACGAGUUCAUCAAAUCGGCAAUCAUUUUCGCGUACCACCACUGGCCGUUUCUCCAACAGCAGUCAUUCAUCUUCCGCUGUGAAUCAUCGACCAGAGGGAGAAGCAAACAGAACUGUCCAGUCUACUGUUCUUGGUCAGCGUCAUGAAUUUCUGUCCUAUGUAUUCUCACUUAUGCGUGCUACCAGUGGGGACCACGGUGAUGGUGUCCCUUUCAUUGGUGCUCCAAUGCACAAACACUUGGCCUACGUACUGGAUGCAUUGCUGUACUUUUUCAAGGCAUUUGAAUCUGCUUGGCCCUCCGGUGUAACUCCUCAGUUAAUCGAACUGGGUCCUACUCUGAUCCUAGGUCAUUUGCGUUCUGCUGCCGGCAGUUCACAACUAUCCGAUCGUGCAUCACAAGCAGGUGCGGACCAAGAGUCCAAACCGAAGGAUUCAGUUCAUGCAGCUGCCUGUCAUGAUGGCGCACCGUAUGUGCUUUGUGGACGCAUGGCUCAACGGGAGGAUGCUUUCUUCCGACGCUCGGAGAGUGUUUUAUCCUUGUCUGGACUAGGAUUGGAUUUGGUCGAAACUGCUUUAUCGGAAUCUCUGCCUCUUGCUUUGCAGCCUCACCGGUUACACCCAACAUCCUCACGGACCGAUUUGUUCGGAUCUGCCCGGCAAGUAUAA